AUGUGGAAACUUGGUAGAAUUGUCGAAAUGAGAAAAGGAAAAGGAGUAAUACGUAGAGCAACGGUGCAGCUAGCAAAUGGAACUCGAUGGAUAAGGCCUGUUAGUCUUCUACUACCAAUGGAAAUAACUGGCGAUGAAACAGAAAGCACAGAAGAGUUUGGCGUUGAUGAUUGCGAGCAAGAAGAAAUGAUUAAGGAAGCAACGAAAAAUAUCGUUGAUCCGAAUAUGGAAAGAGAGGAAUCCGAAAGCGACGAUCUGCCUUGA